AUGGCUAAAAAGGUUUCCAAGCAUUCCAGGGCUGCCAGGAGAAACGAGGUAGAAGAUAUUGAAGCCAAAUCUCUAUCUAGUUUACCGAGGGCAUCUACUACUGAUUUAACAAAUGUACUACUUAGAACAGCAUCUAAGAAUGAGGCCCUAUUAGAGGCCAAGAUUAAAAAUAAAAGAGGAAAGAACAAGGACAGGGUUAGCAAGAAGACCACUAAGGUUCCAACUACUUCCUUAGACUCUGUGAGGCUUGAACGUGCGUUAAAAUUCGCUAGUAGGCUUGAUGGUAAGAUCGAAAAAUCUGUCUCCCGUGCAAAAUAUGUGCAGUCUGCUAGAAAGAGUGGCUGGGAUGCUACUAAUGCGAUGAUAAAGGAAGACUUGUCAAAUAAGGGAAAAAUUACUCCUCCAGUAAAGGAUUUAACCAAAGAUUUAAGCAAAGAUUUAAACAAAGAUGAAGAUGAAAUAGAGAUAGAAGUUGAGGAUAAGGAUACCGAAACUAAACUAGUAGAAGCUACUAACAUAUUUGGUACCCUGGCUGACGAUGUUGAAGCAUAG